AUGGAUAGCACAAGUCAUCUACCCUCUCCAGAGAAUCAUGCUCCUUUAUUCAUAUUUGGAGACUCUCUAUUUGAUACUGGAAAUAAUAACAAUCCCACAAGUUCAGCUUGCUACUGGCCCUACGGUGAAACAUUCUUCAAGCAUCCUACUGGGAGAGCUUCUGAUGGUCGAUUGAUUCCAGAUUUUAUCGCUGAAUAUGCCAAGUUACCGUUCCCCCUACCAUAUCGUCAGACAAGAAAUCGUCAAUUGAGAUAUGGAGUGAACUUUGCAUCAGGAGGAGCUGAAGUUCUGGGUGUAAAUCCUGAUAAAAUUGUAAUACACCUUAAAGGUCAGCUUAGUAAUUUCAAGAAUGUGAAGAAACGGCUAAGGCAUAAAUUAGGUGAUUCAGAGACCGAAGCAUUGUUGUCCAAAGCCAUUUACUUAUUCAGCUUUGGAACCAAUGACUAUGGGAAAGUCACCGACGGUUUCAGUGUACUGCAUUACUACUCCAGCGAAGAGUACGUAGGGAUGGUCGUCGACAACUUCACGACUGGGAUCAAAGAAUUUUACAAAAAGGGAGGAAGGAGAUUUGGCUUUGUAAAUAUAGGGCCUUACGGUUGUGCACCAUUCACUAGAGCACUAAGCACCAGCGGUGGCUGCCUGGAAGAAGCCACAGCUCUAAUAAAACUACACAACAAAGAAGUUUCAAAAGCACUUGAAGAUCUAGAGCAAGAACUGGAAGGAUUUGAAUAUUCAGUUCAACGGGAUUUAAUUAACCAGUUCUUUUUCAAGAUAUUUUAA